AAUGAAGGAAAUUACUUAUAAGAAACACCUAUAAUUUAGAGAUGAAAUUAAUAAAAAGAUGGAAUUCUAAAAUAGAGAAUACAAUUAAGAAUUAAGUAUGCUUUAAAUAAUGAUGAAAGAUGUAAGAAGAAUUUUGGAGAAUGAGUAAAAAUUCCUAAUUAAAAUAGCAAAAGAGUUUAAAAUAGAGCAUGAACAUCAAUAUUUAGAAUAAUUAAUAAGAAUUUGAAUUUUACUGAGGUUAUAAUGGGAAAGUAGAGGAAUGAAGGGAGACCAAUUUCAAGAAGUGAUAGUCAAUAUACCGAAUUGGUAGAGAUACUAUAUGAGUGUAGUGUGUAGAUGAGUGUUGGGUUAUUUAAUGAUUAAUAAAAUUUUUGUCAGAUUUAAUUGUAUAAAUAUAUCGAUAAGAGUUCUUUAAGGAGAAUGAAGUUCAAAUUAAGGGGGGUAAAGUAAUAUUGACUUUAUUAAUGAGAAAAUCUUGUUUCUUUUGCACUAUAUAUUCUCGAUUAAAUGAUUCAAGUUAACUAAAUUUUAAACAAAAAUAAAGCAUGCAAUCCAAUCCCUUUUCAUACAGUACUUACCCUUACUAAUUUCAAUCAAGUAUCGUAAUUAUAACUACAAGACAGAUUUUCUAAUGAAUCCAUAAGUGUAUUACUCUAACUAAAACCCUUACUAUUCUUAAGUCUCAACCUAUAUGGUAAUACGAUUAUGUUAUUAUGUUAGGCACCUUAACCGUAUCUACAGAAUGAAUCUUAUCAUAUGAAUUACAUUUAACAAUCAAAUUAUAUCAAUUGGAAUACAGAACAGACCGAGAUGAAAUUGCCAAAAAUCACAUUUUCUCCUUACAUUAAACAGGAAGACAAUCUCAUUAAUUAAACUGGUUUACAUGCCUAAAAUCUCAGUGAGAUUAAUAAUAAUGAGGAUAAUUAAGACAAACUCUUGUAGAAAGUGGAGACAGUGCGACAGGUUAAAAAAUCCAAUAGUUAGAUAAUUCAAAACCGUAGAGGUUAUUUUAUAUUCUAAUUUUAGGACAUUGGACAAAUGAAGAGCAUUACAAAUAUUUAAAAUUUGUUCGAUAACAUAAAGAAUUGUUCCAAACUAGUGUACAAAAAAAGCUGAACAGAGUUUUCAAAAUGAUGUCCAUCGAAAUACCUACUAGAACUGCUUGUUAGUGUCGUUCUCAUUACUCGAAAUUUAAUCCAUUAGAUCAUACUGUAAGAAUUCUUGAAACAUAUUUAGGGAAAAGUAAGACGAAAAUUGGUCAAUGAUGAAUAAGUUUAUGAGCGGAUGUUCAAUAAUAAUUAACAAAAUGACAGUGAUUGACC